ACAAAUCAAUUCCCAGGUCAGUUUUUGUUCAGAUACGGAGUGAAAUUGACAGAAAAUAAUUUCAAAAUCGAAAAAAUGCUCAAAUAUUUUGGCAUUUUGUUUGUAAUUAGUCUCACAGGAGCUGAUUCGCGUCAAUGGGGUUUCCGAUUUGAUCCGCCAGCCACAAAUGACUUUCCGAUUGUCGGGGUUCUUGCUCAAGAAAUCUCGCUGGAUAGUGCUGACGUCUUCGGAGACGAUUUUCUUCUCAAAUCUAUUCGUAAUCAUUGGCAAAGUUACAUUGCGGCGAGUUAUGUGAAAUUUAUUGAAUCACAAGCAGCCCGAGUUGUGCCCAUUUGGAUCGACAAACCACGAAAAUAUUACGAAAAAAUGAUGAAACGAGUGAAUGGCGUUCUUUUCCCGGGCGGAAAUGCUGAUUUUAUUAACAAUUGGGGAUAUGCACAAGCUGGAAGAUACAUUUAUGAAAUCGCAAACGAGAUGAACGAACGAGGAGAAUAUUUCCCGUUAUGGGGUACUUGCCUUGGAUUUGAGCUCUUAGCAUAUCUCGGAGCCAAUCAAACGGAUUUCCGACGUGUUUGUAACGCCGAAAGUAUCGCAUUAAAGCUAAAUUUCACUCAAAACUUUUCCGAAUCUCGCAUGUUUCGACAAGCGCCUCAGCAUAUCGUCGAUAUUUUGGAUUCAAAGCCAGUUGCGGCGAAUUUUCAUCAUUUUUGUUUGACUCCGGAGAACUUUACGUCAAGCGGAAUGGAUGCAACUUGGACUAUAAUUGCGACAAAUGUCGAUAAAGUUGGUUUAGAGUUUAUUUCAGCGAUGGAACACAAAAUGUAUCCUUAUUAUGGAGUUCAAUUUCAUCCCGAGAAGAAUUUGUUUGAAUGGCACAAGAGCUCGACGAUCGUUCAUAACUUGGAUGCAACGAGAUCUUCGCAAUAUUUUGCGGAAUUUUUCGUGCAAGAAACUCGCAAAAAUAAAAAUUCGUUCAAAACGGAGGGAGAAGCCAAUCGAUUUUUGAUUUAUAAUUGGCCAGCUCAGUUUACGGGGAAAAAUGGAUCGGCAUUGACGCAAAUGUAUUUUUUUAGUUUGAUUGAUACACAUUUGAAGAAGUUGGAUUAAAAUAAAAAUUAAUUUCAUUAUUUUUUUUUUUAAAUAAAAUUUAAAUUUAAAA